AUGACAAGCAGAAGGCGCUGGAGUUGGGAAUCCCUAUUGAGCAAGUCAAAGCCAAGAGGAAAUCAAGAACACCUAGGGUUUCAGAAGAUGAUCAACCCAAGCCGAAACGACAAAAAACGAGAAAAGCACUCCUCUCGGAGUAAGACGAAAAAGGCAGAAGAAACUUCAACUGUUCCAAUCCCCUCAAAAUCUCCACAAGAGAAGAAAGAUCCUAUUCCAUCCUCCCCUCUACCAGAAAAAAUCAUUGUCAAAGACUCAUCCGAAGACGAAGAUAAUUUGAUUCUCUCCAGAACUAUCAAGAAGAGUCACUUUCGGUCUCCCGUCAAGGCGAAAUCUUUCCCGGAGGAAUCUUCUACACCGAAAGAAGAAGACACGAAAGAUGCAUCCCCACAGGGGGAAAUAAUCACGAAUGAAGCACUUUCUGAGGGGGAAGCUCAACCGAAAGAUGUUCUUCCUGAGAAAUUUCCUGAUGAUCAAGAACCCAAGUCUGAUCUCGACGAGGCAGCCGUUGUGCAAGUAGCUUCUCCGGAUAUACCAAAACCUUCAGCUCCAGCUCCUGAAGUAAAGGUUUCCCGCCGUUCACUAGAUCAGUCGCUUAGAGAAUCCAUUGAAAGGGAUUACACACGAGUUCUGCAAUGGCAAAAAUGGCGCACUGCUCCUCUACGGACCUUUCUUGAAACUUUUGAAGCAAUGCAGGAUGAAGAAGACUUUGCACUUGCAUGGAUUGGCACUGAGGAUGUUUCACAAGCUCUUCGAAUUGAAGAAAUCAAUCGCGUUCUCUCUUACAAGAUGACAAAUCGCACUCUCGGGAGAGAUAAAGCUCCAAUCUGCAUCGAGCUCAACAAGCCACCCUUGGAUCCAGUUUAUGAAGAAGAAAUGAAGCAACUUCGAUAUGCCAUGUUGCUUUCAAAGAUCAAGACCACUUUAGAGAAAGAACACCAAAAUGAUCCAAAUUGUAAUGUCAGUGGCACGAAAGAUGAGCUUGGACGAGAGAUUGAAGAAGACGAGAGUGAUGCAGAUGAAGAUGAAGAUGAAGAUGAUAAUAAUGAUGAUGUUCACGAUGCUGAUGAUGAAGACAAUGAUGAUGAUGAUGAUGAUGAUGAUGAUAAUGAUGAUCAGUUGGGUGAUGAAGGUGAUCAAGAAACCGACCCCGAAGAUAGUCAUACAAUCUUGAUCGAUCCUGACUAUGACACCUACCCUCAAAGAUCUCCCUUAAGAAGUCUACCAUCUGACAGUGAUGACUCGGAAGAAGUUUCAACUUCCCAUCUCGAAGAUCUGUCUCGUGGCAUUGUCCCGCAUAUCCAACCCAUAGACGAGACUCCAAUCAAGCAAGGAAAGGAAAGUAUGCGUGAGGGCACACUGGAAGCUUCACCAGUUCUUCUUAGCUCUGCUAGUGGUGGAAAACGGGAAGCACCACCUCAAGAUGAUCACAUGGACACAUCACCAACAAACAUUGAGGAAGAAUCCCCUGCAGAGUCCCCACGGACUAUCAUGAACCUCAUGCGAGGAACUGUUCAUUCAGCCGAGACCAUCCAUAGGCAAUAUCUUGCUUUACGAGAAAAGGACACGAAAGUUAUGGAUGAUCUAUGCAAGAAGGUCGAUUUUCUGAUAGCAGCACAAUCUAAACCUCGAUCUCCACCUCCAGCACAGUCUCAACCGCAGCAACAAAGCCAAUCAGAUCACAAGCUCCUUGAGCGAAUGACAAAGAAACUUUAUGAUCUCGAAGCUUCUCUGAACAAAGUUGUGCGACAACAGCACGAAAUCAAACACUCUCAUUUUGGACUCAAAGAGCGUGUGGAUUUGGCCUGUACAAAGAUUGACACAUAUCAGGACAAUUCGUACCAACUGGGCGAAUAUGCACUUCAAAUUCUGGGGUAUGCUCAGGAUAUCUUGCUUGCAAUCAACAAGGUCUCCUCCAUUCCUUCUACCACCUGUGUUGAUGGAGAACAUGAAGAGCUUGUCAGGACUAAUCCUAUUAAAGUUUUCAGAGCAAAAAUCAAUGAGAAAAUUGACUUCAACAGGAUGCUAAAGCAACAAAAGGAAAGGAAUGACCAAGAACUCAAGGAAGCUGAACAACAGAAAUCAAAGCUUUUAGAAGUGUAA